CCGGCUGAUAAGCAGGGACGAAACGAAACUAAUCGCGCUCCGGCCUUGUUUUCCAUCGGUACAGUAAGGCGAGCCUGGCGAGUUGCGACUUAUCGCUGCGUCCAUCAAAACCCCCUCACAUCCACAUCCAUCUCGGCCCAUUCGGCCCAUCCUGCCUUACCUUGUUCUUCUUGUCCUUCCCUGCUGCCACCUUUGCUUUCGCCUCUCUCCAGGUUUCGACAUCGCGCCUCUGUCUUUUUCCGCCGCGAGGGGGCGCUUUGUUCGUAGGCGAAGGGAGCCAGAACCAGAAACGAUGACGCGUCCGCGCCGCUCGUCGGCCGCCAGCGAGGCGAGCUCGGGCACCGGCGGCAACCAGGAACUCGGGAGCAUGUACGAUUACCUCGCCAAGAUCAUCUUGCUGGGACCGAGCGGAGCGGGAAAGUCGUGUCUCCUGCACCGCUUCGUCAAGAACGAAUGGCGGGUCCUGUCCUCGCAAACCAUCGGCGUCGAAUUCGCGAGCAAGAUCAUCAAAGUCGGCACCGGUGCGCGAAGAAAACGCAUAAAGCUACAGCUGUGGGAUACCGCAGGCACCGAACGAUUCCGCUCCGUUUCUCGAUCCUACUACCGAGGCGCUGCCGGCGCGAUUCUAUGCUACGACAUCACCUCGCACAACUCGUUCCGGGCAUUGCAGCCUUUCCUCAAUGACGCGCGAGCGCUCGCGUCCCCUAACCUGACCAUGAUACUCGUGGGAAACAAGCUUGACCUCGCCAACGACCUCGUCGACACGACGCUUCCUCCCCCUACCCCCUCGAGUAUGAGCUCGUCCUUCCCCUACAGCACGUCGGCCGGCACCACGAGCGCCGGCCUAGGUACGCAGAUGAAGGCGACGGUGGCGCCGGAGGGCCGGGAGGUGUCGUCGACCGAGGCGUCGCACUGGGCGAGCGGGGUCAACGUGCCGGUGACGAUGGAGGUGUCGGCCUUCUCGGGCGAGGGCGUCGACGAGAUCUUUGGACGCCUGGCGCGCAUGAUCCUGACCAGGAUCGAGCUCGGCGAGAUAGACCCGGACGAUCCGAUGAGCGGCAUCCAGUACGGCGACGGGGGCAUGUGGAACGCGGGGGCCAGCGACGGCGCCAGCAUCAAGAGCUCGAUCACCGCAGACGAGACCGCCGGCCUCGGCGGCGGUGGCGGCGUGAGGUUGAGGCGCAGGGGUAAGAGCCGCGCCCAGAAUUGGGGAAUGCGGGAGUGGGAAGAGGUGUUCACCCUCAACCGGGGACGCGGGAGGGGAAACUGUUGCUGAGAUCGGUCCGGGCUCUUUUAUCGCGACUAUCGCCGCUAUUCCCUGCUCUGCUCGGACGAGACGAUUGGGACGGGGAAACCGAGAAGCAGACGGGGUAAAGGAGGGGGCACAGGCCGUCAGCUGGUCGUACUACUAAUAUCUAUGAGCGAGAGUACUGUGGGGAGAGA